AUGACCCUUAGCAUGGAGUGCUUGAUAAAGGAUGAUGUAACUCAAUUGAUAGGUGACACGCCAAUGGUGUAUCUGAACAACAUUGUAGAUGGUUGUGUUGCUCGUAUAGCGGCUAAGCUUGAGAUGAUGGAGCCUUGCUCUAGUGUCAAAGAGCGAAUUGCUUAUGGUAUGGUUAAAGAUGCAGAAGACAAGGGAUUGAUUACUCCCGGGAAGAGUAUAUUGAUUGAGCCAACGUCUGGUAACACCGGGAUUGGUUUAGCCUUUGUCGGGGCAGCUAGAGGUUACAAAGUUGUGCUGACAAUGCCUGAUUCAAUGAGCCUUGAGAGAAAAAUCAUUCUAUUAGCAUUAGGUGCAGAGGUUCACCUCACAGACGUGAAAAAGGGAGUUAAAGGAAUCUUUGACAAAGCCGAAGAGAUAUUAAGCAAAACUCCAGAUGGUAUCAUACUAAAUCAAUUCAAAAAUCCUGCAAACCCGGAAACACAUUAUCGAACCACGGGUCCAGAGAUAUGGGGAGACUCUGCAGGGGAAGUAGAUAUAUUGGUCGCGGGUGUUGGGACUGGUGGAACGAUUUCUGGAGCAGGCAAAUUCCUCAAGGAGAAGAAGAAAGACUUCAAGGUUUACGGAAUGGAACCUACAGAAAGUGCGGUACUCAGUGGAGGCAAACCAGGUCCACAUUUGAUCCAAGGUAUUGGAUCUGGAAUCAUCCCAGACAAUCUGGAUUUCAGUGUUCUUGAUGAAGUCAUUCAAGUGACAAGCGUGGAAGCAAUUGAAACAGCCAGACUUCUUGCACUGAAAGAAGGAUUACUGGUGGGAAUAUCUUCCGGAGCUGCUGCAGCCACUGCGAUAAAGGUGGCGAAACGGCCAGAAAACACCGGGAAACUCAUAGUUGUGGUUUUCCCAAGCGGUGGGGAACGUUACUUAUCAACUGAAUUGUUCGACUCGGUCAGACGUGAAGCGGAGAAUUUGACAUUUGAUUAG